CAGCUGCUCUGCAGAUUUUUAAUAUACUAUACAUAAAAAGAAUAUGUGACGAAAGUUCAAUGUGCGCAAGUAGAACAUUAGCUAUAGGAUGCGUCAUCUAUCUAAACCAAUGAAAAGAACGUGUAGUUUUGGUCGUUUGCCAUACAGUUUAACCUGCUCGUAAUAAUCAACUUUAACUGCCCGUACAAAUAUUUACGAAAUAAAUUAAAAAUAUUAUAUAUUCAUAAUGGGUAACGAAAGUUCGCUGCCUAUGGAAUUGUGCUCAAACUUUGAUGCGGAUGAAAUUAAAAGAUUGGGAAAACGUUUUCGGAAGCUAGAUUUGGACAACAGUGGUUCGCUUAGUAUUGAUGAGUUCAUGUCCUUACCUGAGUUACAACAAAAUCCUUUAGUUCAACGUGUCAUUGAUAUUUUUGAUGCAGAUGGCAAUGGUGAAGUAGAUUUUAAAGAAUUUAUUCAUGGUGUUUCACAGUUUAGUGUUAAGGGUGACAAAGAAAGUAAACUAAAAUUUGCAUUCAGAAUCUAUGACAUGGAUAAAGAUGGCUUUAUAAGUAAUGGAGAAUUGUUUCAAGUAUUAAAAAUGAUGGUAGGAAAUAAUUUAAAAGACACACAAUUACAGCAAAUUGUUGACAAAACUAUAUUAUUUGCUGAUAAAGAUGAAGAUGGUAAAAUAAGCUUUGAAGAAUUUUGUUCGGUUGUCGGUCAUACAGACAUUCACAAAAAGAUGGUUGUGGAUGUUUAAAUACAAAAAAAAAAAGGAAAAGAAAAGAAAAUAUAAAAUAACUUUAUGUGGUAAUUCCUGCUUGAUUCCAUAAAUUCACUUAUUAAUAACAAAUUUAUUGGAUAGUUGUAAUUAACUAAGAUCUGUCUAGGAUUAAUUUACAUGAACAUUAAAAAUAAGUUUUCAAUGAUUCUAAAUUAACUUACAUGCAAUUUUAUUGUUGCUAUGAUCUUUUCCAUGAUGCAAUAUGUAUACAUAUUAAAUAGAUCAUUACACGAUUAAUUUUUAAGAGUUAUGCACAUUAUUACGUGCAAUAAAAAUUUUGUGGUCCGAGUUAAUAUUUUGUUAUUCAUAUUUUAUUUAUUUAUAAUUUUUAUUUAUUUGGUACCAAAAAUAAUACAGUACCAUCAUAAUAAUCAUAAAGAUUAUUUAUAUCCUAUUAUAACUUAUGCUUUUAUUUAAUUAGCAUUACUUCUUCCUGAUAAUAACAGCUUUUUUAUAUCUAAAUAUACUUAUAUCAUUAAUGUUAAUUGUUCUUCCAUUGUGAGAUGUAAUUGAAGUGUUGGAUAUCCAUGUAAUUUUGUAGAAUCUUUCACUACUUAUUACAGAGAGGUGUUUCGAAUUCGACAUAAUUUAAUCUUCAACAAAGUGUAUUCUACUACAUUUAAAAAGUAUCACAUUGUAAGGAACAAAAGAAAUUGUACUUCAAGUUUAUAUAAGUUAUUCAUUAAAUUGCAACAAUAGAGGAAUAUUGUGUGUUUGAAAGAGACAUAGACAAUGUUUUGAAU